AUGAAACGACUCACUAAAUCUGAAGAGGUGGUUCUCUUGCAUACUGCCAAUUCCAUCAUGCCGUUCACAGCUGUACAUGGCGAAAAGCAUGCACGAUGGCUUCAGGUUGCAAACGAUGUAUCCAAGUCUCUUGGUUGUGGUGCUGGGGUGAUUUCUGAACGUCUUUGUCGUGAUGUAGCUCACCGGCUUCUCAAAUCUUUCCAAGACAAAGUACGCGAUUCUUCCAUGGGCAAGCCUUUUGAUCCAGAGCUUGGAGAUGAGCCUGAUCGCCUUUGCGCUGAAAUUCAGAGCAAGAUUGACUGCUUUCGAGGUCCAUUUUUUCAUUCUAUACCUGCUAAAAAUAAUUCUGGUAUGGAAUCAAGCUUUCAUAACGCGGCGGCCUUUUCUCCAUCUACCAAUCGUUUGGCAGAAGGUGCUUCGGGGUUGUCUUGUCAGCAAAACAGCAAUUUCACUUCAUCUGCUGUGCCAUAUGGCUCUUCAUAUCCCAUCUACCCAUACAACUCGCACACCAAUACUAAAACCAUGUGCAGUACAACUCAUAGCUCACCGGCUCCGUAUACUCAUGUCGAGUAUCACCAACAUCGUGCACGACAGUAUCAAUCUUCCAGUGUCCCAGAGCAUAACUCUUCCACCACUGCCUAUUUUCCGACAAUUCCUUACUCUGAUCGUAAUAGUCUAACCAUUAAUUGCUCUGAAGGUUCAGAUGUUCAUCGCCCAUCGCCAUUCAUUGGAAAGUUUGCUCAAACAUCACAUAGUCCAUUAGGCGACUAUCGCGUUCGAGUCAGAUCCGAGGAAAACAGAACAAGUGAUAGUUUUGAUGAAGAACCUGCAUUCAAGAAGCGCAAGUCAUUUGAUGAAACGCUUCACGUGGAUAUGCAUCAGACUCGGCACAAUCGCUGGACACCACCCGACUCGGUUUCUAAAGCAACUAAUAUCAACCACAUUCCAUCAAACGAUGGUAAUAUUACGAGUCGGCCACAAUACUAUAAUCAACACUAUUCUCUACACUCGAACGCUCAAACUUUGGAAAACUAUCAGUAUGAUCCAUCGUUGUAUCAUCAUCGAACAGCUACUUCUCAGUCACAGAUACCCAAUUUUACCGACAGAUCUAGCAAUUAUACCUCUGUUCCACCUGUAGAUUUUAGAUUGGAGCGACAGUUUCCUCAAUCCAAUCUUCAUGCACACAGCAGUACUACUUGUACCUCACAUUCAGCAUAUGAUACAAAUUUGCCACCAAUAGUAAAUAAUAGCAAUUCUGCCAUGCCGAAUUGUAAAUCAAACAUUUCUUUAUCCCCACCAAAAGGCUUUACUGAUUCGCCUAUUUCAACACCCUUUUAUACUACCGCGACUUCAUUGGGCGUAACUACAGAGUCAGUUCCUAUCACCACAGCCUCAGCAGAUGCGCUAUCUGGUACAGAAGCAGCUGUAGUUUCUAAAGAAAUCGAGUUUACAGCACAUUCAAACUCAUCCGAUACGGUUUCAAACAAAAGUUUUAUCAACAGUACAGACAUUUCUCUUACAGCUUCUUCAACCAAUGGAAUUGGACCCUCUACGGCUUUAGCUAUUUCAUCAGCAACCAACACAAUGCUGCAACUGACUACGGCAGAUUCUCCUGUAUCAUCCAAAACUACACCUGAUUUACCCUUUUCUUGUGGCGAUUUUUCUGACGAGAGCGUGUCGUCCGAUGCCGCUUUGGCCAACUUGAUUAGACUCAUGACCACAGUGAUCAAUCGCCAAAACGAGCAGAUUCUGUCCAUGCAAAAAACGCUCAAUCACAAGUUUUCGAAUCGUGAUGAAGUGGCUUCUAUCAUAUUCAAGGGGUUUGAACAGCAUCCCGAGAUUCGCAGCAACUUAAAACUAGAUGCAUUGAAAAAAGAUCAUUCAAUCAUACCUGCUAUCAAGCAGAUGAUUGCUGAAUAUAACCAUCUUCCGAAACUUCCCGAUCUGAACGACAUGCAUCUGCCUCCACAUCAACGAGCUGGAACUUAUCCAUAA